AGAAGAGUCGGUGCUCCCCUUUCACGGGAAGAUGCCACGCUGUUUAUAGGCGUUCUUUCCCCUUACCUGGGUGCAGCGAUCAUACAGGUGUUCUCUGUACGGCUCAGAUAAGGUCUCUUGGCUCGCCACUGAGUCACUUAUCUGCUCCCAGCCCCCGUUUCUCACCUCUCACCCCCACUCCCCGCAGGGUUAUAAUGAGGAUCUAAUAGGGCUGAAAGUAGCGUCUUGCACUUAAAUGCUAGCUGUUGUGAGUAUAAAUGAAGGGCAUUUAUUAAAUGCGUAUUCGGUGCAAAGCCUUGGGUUACAUUGGAGGUAUAGAUAAGUCAGAAGGUCCCUGUUCAAGCAGCUCCCAUUGUAAGGGGAGAGACCACAUGGGGAAGGUUUUGGCCAUCAUCAGAUAGAAAGGUCCCACGGUCUACUGAUAAAAUUUCAGUUUCUGAUGUUGACUAAUCCGACUUUGAUGGCAAGAACUUUCUUUUCUGGAUUUUUCGAAGUUCUGCCUGCAGAACCUGAAGCUAUUACCAGACUGCACCUCCACUAGGUUUACUUCUCCAUCCAGCUGGCCUGGAAGCACUGCUGUUUCUCAAGGCUCUUGGGUUCAGAGUCCUGGGCUGCUAUCUCCACCUGCCUCUGAAAAGAGAUUUGACUCACUGGGCACAAACAAGAUUCCUUGUUGCCACAGGCAAGCCAGCUUGCUUCAAACGAGGACUUUAGGGUCAAAGAUCUUUUUCAGCUCUAAAAUAUUCUAUUCUUCUAUGAUUCUUAUGACCUCUGGGUGAGAGCUGGGAGAGCUGGACUCAAAUCCUAGCUCUGUGAUCACUUUCCCUGUGAGUUUUGGUUGCUUGCCUACAAAAUGAAUAGGUUGCAUUAGUUGUCUUUAAGAUCUCCAGCUCUACUAAUUUGUUUGCACAAUACUUGGCCUCAGUCACCCAGUGAAGUUGGGAAUGCAUUACAAGUAUUAUUAUUGUCAUUCAACAUAUGAGGAAAAGGGAUUUGUCCAAAUCCUACUAUCUAAUCAUUAAGUCCAGGCAGCAACAUGUCUUGUCUCUGAAAGGGUCUGAUUGGGCUUAAGUAUAUGAACAUGACCUCAUCUCAUUACUCUCCCUCCCCCCACUCAGUAAAACAAAACACAAGGAGCUGGUCAAUUUAAUGGGAAGGGUCUCACAAGAAGGUCCCUAAGUCACAUGUUCAGGCGGGUGAAAAGAAAAAGCUUUCAGCCUUUUCUCUUCCUACUGGAAGAUCCAAACUCUUCCCCAUUUUUCCCUCCCCCUCCUUAAUCUCCCUGCUGCUUGUCAGCCUCCUUUCCUCAGAUGUGAUUAAGGGGCCAGUUUCCAAAGGAGAUUAUAGGGGUAAAGUCAGUCUCCCCUUCUUCUGGAGAUUGGACAUAAACAGAGUGGGGACAGAGGGAAACACCAGUGUAUCAGGAAGAUCUUUUUUGAGUGGAGGCAUCCUCCUGUGACCCUGUUUGUUAGUGGCCAUCACCAUGGCCUUCCUGCCUAGGAGCAGUGAGGAGGAGGAAGUGUCUUGGCCCAGCAAUAGCCCAGGCUCUCCCUGGAAACCAGACCUUCCCAAUCAGGUCAAGAACUUGUGGGAUGAGCAGGACAUUCAGGUUUCUUCUCAAAAGCCCCGUCCACCAUCCAUCACGGUGGAAGCCACAGACAUAAAUGAGGUGGAAAGUGGGGAGCUCAGGUGGCCUCCAGAGGACUUGCUGUUAUCAGACAGCGAAGAGGAAGAGGAUGAGGCCUUUUUCCAGGACCAGGAUGAAGAAUCAGGUUGGGCUUGGUGCCCCUUGGAUCCCAGAUCCCCUCUAAGGACCAUCAAUCCUGGAUCUGACUGGGAACAGGAAGAAGAGGAAGAAACCUGGGGGGAGAGUGAAAUUUCAUGGAUUUCUGGUGAGCAAGAUAAGACUCCUUCCCUUAUUUCCUGA